AUGAAACCCCUAAUCUAUCCCAUCUCAAACCCUAAUGGCUCGAUCGAGUUGAACUUGGCCGGUCGAGUUGAGGAACUCGACCGGUGGUCGAGUAGGUGGUCGAGCUGGUCUUCAAGGUGGCUUCCUCCUUCUUCCUUUGCGUGUCCAGUUGAGCUGCGUCCAUGCAUCAAGUCCUUCCUUGCUCCUCACGUCCCAUAUGCUCCAAAUGCUCCAAAAGACCUAUUUCAAAGGACCAAACAUGCAUAUAAAAGGAGUUAUAGCCAAAAGAGUGAAGACUGCUCCAGACGCUCUAUCGAGAAUCAGCGCCCGAACCGCACAGCCGGCUGGCCGAGGAACGAUGUUCCGCGCUCGGCCAAAACCAUAUCCGUCCGACUGAAGUCUCGGCCAAAGUCCAAUCCGGCCGAUCACGUCACGACCCGGGAAACAUCCCGCGGUCGGCCAAGCCACAACCUUCACGCCACGCCGCGCACGACCAUGCCGCGCGAGCCGGGAAGCAAAGCCUCGCGGCCGCGCAACCUACUCACGUACCACGGCCGAUGUCCGUCCGAGCCGGGAAGAACGUCCCACGUCCGGCCGAGAAACCAUCGGCCAAUUCCAUCCGUCCGACCACGCCGGCCGACCGUAAAUCAUCCGGCCACGACCGUUCCGACUCGGCCACGACCCGACUGUCCGGCCGACCGUCCCGACCGACCGUCCGAACGCCGCGGUCGACCCGAAGCCGUUUUUGAAGCCCAAUCCGCACAAUUCAAGCCCAAAGCCGGCGCCGACCUAGCUAGAUUAGGUCUAGCCGCUUUUUCAUACUUAGUGCAUUAUAAAUACUUCUUUUUAGCCUUGUAA